CCAUGUGAUCUGGAUUUUGUAUUCCAAUUUCAAGCAUCCAAAAGAGCCCCAUAAAAUCCCAACAUUCAGCCAAGAACGCUCCUUCAAAUAGCCCACGGCAGAAGGCUCGCUUCCGCUCCCUGCUUUCGUCGGUAUUAGGGUUAGGGCUAGAUUUUCUCCAGGGUUAGGUUUUUUCAUCUCUCUCUCUCUCUCUCUCUCUCUCUCUCUCAUCCAUGGAUGCUUCCAGCAAGAAGCGAAAGGCCGACGAGAACGGCAUCGAACAGGCAUUGAAGAUUACUCCGGAAGACGCCCGCAAGAUCAUUUCGCCCUUCUCCCCCGACCAACUCCUCGACAUCCUCCAAGACGCCGUGGCCCACCACCCCGACGUCCUCGAUGCCGUCCGAUCCAUAGCCGACCGCGACCCUGCCCAGCGCAAGCUGUUCAUCCGCGGCCUUGGCUGGGACACCACCACCGAAGGCCUCCGCACCCUCUUCUCUUCCUACGGCGAACUCGAAGAGGCUAUCGUCAUCCUCGACAAGGCCACCGGCAAGAGCAAGGGGUACGGCUUCGUCACCUUCAAACACAUCGAUGGCGCCCUCCUCGCCCUUAAAGAGCCCAGCAAGAAGAUUGACGGCCGGAUGACUGUCACCCAGCUUGCGGCUUCGGGUGCUGCGGGCCCUACCGCCAACGCCCCUGCUCCCGAUGUCUCCAUGCGGAAAAUCUUUGUCGGGAACGUGCCGGCUGACAUGCCUGCAGACAGGUUGCUGGCUCAUUUCUCGUCAUAUGGAGAGAUCGAGGAGGGGCCACUAGGGUUUGAUAAACAGACGGGGAAGUCGAGAGGGUUCGCCUUGUUUGUUUAUAAGACGGCUGAAGCAGCAAGGGCAUCCCUAGUUGACUCAAUCAAGAACGUAGAUGGGCAUCAGCUGCAGUGCAAGCUGGCGAUCGAAGGAAAGAAGGGAAAGCCUGGGGGCCCAACUGAAGGAGUGCAGCUCCCGUCAGCAGGUGCGGGCGAUAUUACAGGUAAUGCAGUUGGAUUGCUGCCGCCGUCAUCCAUGCCAGGUUCUCUAUCCAGUCAGUAUGGUGGGCCCGGUGUGCCCGGCGGGGUUUCUUCAUUUGGGGGUCUGGGUGGCUUUCCUGCUGGGCACCAGGGCCCAGGGCUGAGUCACCAUCUCAACACAGGGAUGCAGCCAUCCCUUGGCGGGCCGGGGCUUUCAUCUGUGGGGAAUCAGGUGCCAUCAUCAUUGGGUGGCGGUGGCAGUGGUUAUGGUAGUGGGUUGGGGGGUGGUGGUCCUUAUGGGUCUUCACAGUAUGGUGGACCUGGUAUGGGUGGGUAUGGUGGGUCAGCUGGUGGGCCGUCCAUGUAUCGAUUGCCUCCAAGUUCUGUUGGGAUGCCCUCAGGGAGCUACCCAGAAGGAGGGCAUUACGGGCUGUCGUCAUCUGCAUAUCAGAGCCAGCAUCACCAGCAGGCGGGUUCGUCACCAGUCCCAAGGGUUCCUACUGGAGGGAUGUACCAGGGUGUGCAUCCAUACUACUGAGCUGGCUGAAACAUUACAUUCAGCAAGGAAACUGGAAUCCCACCGAAAUGCUGUGCGGUUGAAUAUGGUCAGUCGCAGUCUCUACUUCAUAUCAUUAGUUGAUUUUACCUGCCUACAAUUUCUCUGGUGUCUUUGUGCUAGAAAACUUUUUUUUUCUUUUUCUGGAAUAUAGAAAUAUGCUGUUUGUGUUAAUCAUCACCAUGAUCAUCUAAACCUUAUCCAGUUAAUGGGGAUCAGCUAAAUGAAUCCCGUUCUGCCAUUCCACUCUAUGAAGGACUGUAUCCUCAAUUAAACUGUAGCUCAUCCAAUAUUUUCUUACUACCUUCAGCCACAUCCUCUUGGGCCUUCCCCUUGCCCUUUUAGAACCUUUGAACGACAUCGUAUCGUUCACCACCGUUGAGGUUGUAUAGCUCCAUAUCACCCUGUAUCGGCUGUUUGAUGCCGAUAUAGCCAUAUUGUUCGUGGAUGCUGCUGGUGCGUAUCAUGCUUUAAACCUUGCAACUUACUUCUAAACUGGUGGUCUCAGUUGCAUAUGGCCAAACCAUCUAGAUGAAAAAAUUGAAGCAUAUCAAGGCAAAGCUAAAAAAGUGGAGCAGAUGAAGUUUUGAAAGAGGAGAUUUUGCUGUAAAAUUGACAUCAUCGACAGGGAAGAAGAAAAUGAUUAGCUAGACAAAUCAAAGGAGAUAGAAAGAGAGUCUUUAAAAUUGGAAUACAUGGAUAUUUUGAGAUGGGAUGAGGCAACGUGGAGAAUGAAAUCUAGGCCUCGUUGUUAAAUGAGGGCAAUAAAAUCACUUCCUUUUUUCCAGAAAUGAGCAAAUGGGAGAAGUAGAUGGAACCACAUACAUAAAAUCAGCACUCAAGUGGCUUGCUAGAAGUCCCUGAUCAGAUUAAAGAUGCUCUUGCAGAAUAUUAUAGCUAGUUAUAUGCAUAUGAGUCUAUUAGGAGACCAAGGCUCAAGGGGCUCACCUUUACAUGACUCCAAGAAGUCAUGUGGAUUGGCUGGAAAGGGAAUUUGGCGAGGAAGUGAGGAGAGUUGUCUUGGAGACAGGCAGAGAUAAAGCCCUGGGUUCCAUCGCGUUCUUGUGAGUAUGUUGGGAAAUAGUAAAACAUGAUGUUAUGGGAUUUAUGAAGGUUCCAUUGUAGGGUCAUGCUUAGCAAGGGCCUUAAUUCUACCUUUAUCACCUUGAUUCCGAAGAAUGAUGAUGUAGCAACCAUAAAUGACUUUCAUCCCAUUACCUUGGUGGGGGGAGUUUUUCAGAUUUUUAACAAAGACACACUCAAACCGGUUAAGGGAGGUGCUUAGUUUGAUUGCAUCUUCCUUCCAAGGAGCAUUUGUGAAGGAUAGAGAAAUUCUUGAUGGUGUGCUUAUUGCUAAUGAAGUUAUUUAUUUGAAAAGAAGUAGGGAGGAUGGUCUUCUUUGUAAGGCAGAUAUGGAGAAGACACCAUAAAAAAAUGAUAUGGAAAAGGUUUAUGAAGUCAGAGGGUGUGGAAGUGAUCUUCAAGGGGAUGGAAGUGAAAAUCGACCCCUUAAGUGAGGAACAGAGGGUGUGGUAGUGAUCUUCAAGGGGAUAGUUCUCAUCUAAGUUUGUCAUGUCUAUGCUGUGGGAGAUGGGUAGAGAAGUGCAUUCGUGUGCCUAUGCAGGGGAAGUUCCCUUCCCUCGUAGAGUUCAGGCAUUUAUUUGGACAGCUUCUGCAAACAAAAUCCUCAUCCGUCGAUGAUCUAAAGAAGAGAGAGAUCGCAAUCCCAAAUAUGUGCUCGAUGUGUAGAAGUGCUGAGGAAUCAGGAGAUCAUCUAUUUCUUGCAUUGCACGGUUGUGUGAAUGGUCGUAUGCAGCGUUAAAAGGGGGAUUGUGAUCAAUUAUGAGGGGUUGAGUUGUUUAUCGGGCAUGGCUUUUGGAGCCAUGAUUUUCUUUUGGGCAGCUUUGCGUUUUUUGGUUUUUGGGCUGUAUUGUGCAUGUUGAUCUAGGUGGGGGUGGCGAGAGGGUCAUCCACUGCUGGUGGACCUUUUUUUGUGGUUUAAUGAAUUCGUCGCUUUCCAAAAAAAUAAUAAUAAUAAAGGGAAAAAUUAUGUCUGCUUCCUCUCACUUUAUUACUUGUUGGUGUCACUAAUAAGUUCCGUUGAAUGCAUUCAUUUCUAAUUCUAUCCUUCCUCGUCUUGCCACUCAUCCUUCUCAGCAUCCUCAUUUUAGCUAUACUUUCCACAUGAAAAUGUUUUCCUUGUUCUGUUGCAUAGAAGCUCUUCUUAUGUCUAUCCUAUGAAAUCUCCCCUUGGUAUGUCGUGAUCACAUAGAACUCCAAAGGCACAUCUCUACUCCAUCUACCAGCUCUAAUUCUGUAGGCGGCAUCCUUGUUGAUCUCUGUUUUAAGAUACUCUUCAUGUCACUGCUAGUAGCUAAUUGGCAAGUAGUCGUUUGAACCCCUAUUUAUUUGACAUGAGUCUCUAUUUAUUUCAAGACAUGGGUGGUCAAAUCUCACAAAUGGCAUUGCCAUGAAAGGACUUGCAUUUUUUUUUUUUUUUUGGGUGGGAUUGGAGGAUAAUAUUGAACCAUGCUGUUCUUGUUAAGAUAUUCAUGUCGCUCCUGGUUGUUGAAGUGGCAAGUGUAUUUGUUUGACCAAUACAUGUAUAAUUUCCGUAUUGUAUGAGCAGUUAAGUAACAUAUGGAAUGGCUUUAUAACUGCUUAUGCUGAAAAAAGUGACAUUAUUACAUAGACUGUGUGUCCAAACAUAUUUCAAUAGUUAGGUGUUCCAUCAUCAUCAUCAUUGUAGCCUUGUCCAAUCAGAGCUGUGGUCUACGUCAAAUAAUGCAUGCUAUGCACAUGUAUAUUUACUGUUCUAUAUUUGGCCUGUGUAUGAUUCACAUUCUACUGGAAUGGCUAACCCUUUCCUGGAUUUACAGAUAGUUGCUAGUUGUUUAGCACAUGUUGCGUUGUACAAAAUAUGCAUUUGCUAUGUUAAAAAAACCGAUUAUGGAUACUUAGCUCCUUUGCGAAAAUUUUAGUAACUUCUUAUUUGUCAACAGUAUACUGCUUUUUGUUCUUUUGAGUUGGAAAUUGUGCACCCCGCUGCAAAAUUCAUGAUUGAAAUUAAGUGUUUUAUGCUCUUCUGCAUCAUCAUCGAUAUCGAAGCCUUGUGAAUAAAAUCCCCUGUUUCCUUUCAAUAAAAUAAAAAUAAAAAUUCAUCAUCUAAGCCUUAAGCCCAAUUUAUUGGGGUUGGCUACAUGAAUCCUGUUCUGCCAUUACACUCUGUCAAGGGCCAUACCUUCAGUUGGACCAUAGGCCAUCAAGUUUUUUCAUACUACCAUCAUCCACGUCCUCUUGGGCCUUCCCCUUGCUCUUUCAGAGCCAUCCACGUUCUUUUCUACAUAGUCUAUAGAAAUCUGUUACUCAAGAACAUUUUUCCACUGCACAACUGUGUUUGACUUUCAUCUUGUUCCUUGAGUUGGGAUGUUGUGCACAGGUUUGGAGUUUAUGAACCCAUCUCAAGCACAAUAUUUGUGUUUUUUCUUCUUCUUCUUCUUCUUUUUUUUUCAACUCUCGUGCUUUUUUGAGGCUCCUUAAGUUGGAAUCUCAUAUUAUCCUAGCCUCUAGUUUUAGCAAUUGAUAUAUCUCAUGUCGAGGGACACGUGCCCUCAUUUUGGUUUUUUUGAAUAGCUGCAGACAAAUUUCUAUUUUAUUUGGGUUAAAAUUUUGUGUACAUGAUGUAUUUGUGAUGUAUGCUUCAAAAUAAAUAAAAUAAAAUGCUAGAGAUGUGUACCAGUGCAA